GCUCUUUGUCCUGAUCUCAGCUCAUCUGCUCAGACCUCCUCCGACCCUCUGAAGCUCAGCAGUGAUAUUUGACUUCGACGCCUCCUUGUCCGUGAGCAGAGAUGCCUCCAGCGCUGGGUGGGCCCGUGGGGUACCCCCCUGAGGGUGGCUGGGGCUGGGCUGUGGUGGUUGGAGCCUUCAUCUCCAUCGGCUUCUCCUACGCCUUCCCCAAGUCCAUCACCGUGUUCUUCAAGGAGAUCGAGACCAUCUUCGAGGCUACGCCCAGUCAGGUGUCCUGGAUCUCCUCCAUCAUGCUGGCUGUCAUGUACGCAGGAGGUCCAAUCAGCAGCAUCCUGGUGAACAAAUUCGGCAGCCGACCCAUCAUCAUGGUCGGUGGUUGUCUGGCUGGGUCUGGACUGGUCGCUGCUUCGUUCUGCAACACCGUGGAGCAGCUGUACUUCUUCAUCGGAGUGGUGGGAGGUCUGGGUCUAGCCUUCAACCUGAACCCGGCCCUCACCAUGAUCGGUAAAUACUUCUACAAGCGGCGGCCCAUCGCCAACGGCAUCGCCAUGGCCGGCAGCCCGGUGUUCCUGUCCACGCUGGCUCCCCUCAACUCCUGGCUGUACGACGAGUUCGGCUGGAGAGGAAGCUUCCUGAUCCUGGGAGGACUGCUGCUGAACUGCUGCGUGGCCGGUUCCCUGAUGAGACCCAUCGGAGCCAAACCUCAGCCGCCGACGGCCGACUCCGAGGCCGGCGAGGUCAAGAAGACGGACGAGGUCCAGCCGCAGCCCAAGAAGACGGUUCUGCAGACCAUCAACUCCUUCAUCGACCUGACGCUGUUCAAGCACCGCGGCUUCCUGCUCUACCUGAUGGGCAACGUGGUCAUGUUCCUGGGCCUCUUUGCUCCGCUCGUCUACCUCUCCAACUACGCCAAGAGCAAAGACAUCAGCAAGGAGAGGGCAGCCUUCCUGCUGUCCAUCCUGGCCUUCGUGGACAUGUUCGCCCGGCCCUCCAUGGGCCUCCUGGCCAACACCAAGUGGGUCCGGCCCAGAGUCCAGUACUUCUUCGCCGCUGCCGUCCUCUACAACGGAGUGUGUCACGUUCUGGCGCCGCUGUCGGUGGACUACACGGGAUUCAUCAUCUACGCCAUCUUCUUCGGCUUCGCUUUCGGCUGGCUGAGUGCGGUGCUGUUUGAGACGCUCAUGGACCUGGUGGGAGCUCAGAGGUUCUCUUCAGCCGUGGGUCUGGUCACUAUAGUGGAGUGUGCUCCGGUCCUGCUGGGACCACCGCUGACGGGAAGCUUCUACAACUACUACCAGUCCUACGACUACACCUACGUGUCCUGCGGCAUCAUCCUCAUGGUGGCCAGCGUCUUCCUGUUCGUGGGAAUGGGCAUCAACUACCGGCUGCUGGCCCGGGAGAAGAAGGAGGAGGAGCGGCGAGAGAGGGAGGAGCCUAAGGAGGAGCGCACCGCCAUGCUGGCUCCUCCGUCGCCGUCCAAAUCGGAUGAGGACGCCGAUGGGAACAACGCUCCGGCCGCCGUCACGCUGGAUGACGUGGCCAAGAUGGACGAGGACACGGUGUAGAGACAAACAAAUCUGACUUUAAAACACACUUCACAGGAAACACACACAAGAGCUGCAGUUACAACCACUCACUGAGAGAUUAUAUCCUUUCUACGCCACCCUGAAGCCAUAGUUUAUCAUUAGGAUCUGUGGUUUUGGUAUUUGACGUGCCUUUUUUUGGUCCCGGGAGCACAGGCACCGCUUCAAACCACAACGUUUUAGACGCACAACAAGACGGAGCGACUGUACGAGAACAAUCCAGAAAACUAACGAGGACUUUCUCUCAGGGUCUCGAGCUGCCGCGAAGGUUCACCACCUCAGAAAUCACUCAGACGGAGGCUCCGAGUCAAACUGUACAUUUUGUUAUGACACUUAGAGAUACUGUAAGUUCUCCUCCCCUCAUGUUCCGAACACUCGUUUCACUCCUUAAGGGCUGGACGCAGAUUUAAAGCUCACCGUUUGUUGUAGGGGCGGUUACAGUAUAUCUAGUUUGGAGUGUGACAGUUUGUUUUUGUUUUUUUAUGCCGGAGAACACUCAAAAAUAUGAAUUUUGGGAGAAAAAUGAAGUUUAUACCCACACAGGGAAUAUUCACGUCGGCAGCAGUGGUAUUUUAAAACCUGUAAGUGAGAAUGUAAGAUGAUAUACAAAAACUGAAAACGAACAUGUGGGAGCGAGGAGGCCGGGAGCUAACGGAGGAGUCUGAAACUAGGUCACAGUGCACCUUUUCUUAAUGUGCUUCUAUUAGGGCUGGACCCGAAUAUCCAAAUAUUCAGUGGUUGUGGAGGCAUCAGAAUACUAAAUGUGAUACUCGGAUCCGCCCGGCCCUCCAUGUUUGUUUAACCCUCGUGUUGUCCUGCGGGUCAAAAUUGACCCGUUUUUAAGUUUAAAAAUGUGGAAAAAUAAAUAGAUUUUCACAGUUUAACUUCUGAUGUCCUUAUUUUCAAUGUUUUUGGGAAAUUUAACAUUUUUGUAGUGGAAAAAAAAAAUGUUUCUUUAAGAACAUGCACAAAAAAAAUCUACCAAAAUCCAGUGAAAUUUUUUUUUUUAAUAUUUCAAAAUGGAGUGUCCACAUCCCCCUGCCAUAAACUCAUUUACCUUCAGUCACAGCAGACUAAAAUUAGAAGAAGAAAAUAUUAGAAGUUUUACUGGUAUAUGUAUAAUCAUUUUAGAUAUUUUUAGGAUUUUUUUAGGAGGAUUCCUACUUUUGAAAAUAUUUAGUUUUCUUGCCAAAUUUUGGGGAUUUUUUUAAAUAAAACUUUUUAGGAAUUUUUGGAAUUUUCUUCCUGAAGAUUUUGCAAUAUUUUUAGAAAUUUGGGGAAAUUUUUUGCUGAUUUUUUGGGGGAUUGUUUUUCAGACAAGGACGCCAUAUUUUUUAGUACCCGUAAAUGAAGACAACAGGAGGGUUAAAGAGGACAAAAUGGCGAAGAUACCUGUGCUAAUGUGUCAUUUUCCAAUUAAUAUUUAAUUUGUAUUUGGCUUUGUGUUGUUAACUGUGUUUAUAAAUAAACAAAUGAUAUAAAUAAAUGAAUAACAUUCUGUCAUUACACCUCCAACUUACUCCCACAACCAGCCGAAUAUCUGGAGCCUAGAGGUGUGUAUUCGGACCAGCCCUAGCUUGUAUAUAAAUCUGUGUAAUCUUGUAUAGACAGAGCAGCUCACUGUCUGAACAAAAAAAGUCUUUCGGCUCCUCCGCCCCGCUGGUUUAUCUGCUGUUUAAGCUGCAGGAUGAGGCGACUCGCAGCGUUAAAUUUCACCACACGCUGCUUUGUGGGGAAGGAAAGGUUGCUGUUGUAGACUCUGGGUUUGCACAGCCUCACUGGUGGCAAAAUGUCAGAGAAAAACCUCACUCUGAAUAAACGCGACCCAGAUUUUCCACCGUGUUCGGGUCAAAACUCAACACAACUGUAGUGUUUUCUUAACACGUCGUAGUUUACAGCCAUCUGUUUCUACACACCCCUAAACAAACAAAAAGUCUAUUUUAGCUCACGGUUUAAGGACAAUCUUACAAGAAGUAAUCUUUUUAAUGAUUUUUAAUGUAUUUGGACGAAAGGGAGUGUGUGUGAGUGAGAGGUGUGUGUGUUUUGUGUUUAAACUGUUGAAGUUCAGCCACCGCAGCAUCAACACAAUAUCAGAAGUCACUGAUCAGCGAGCACGUUCGACAUGAAAUGUUUCUCUGAGAGGCUUUUAUUUUGAUGGGUAGUUCCUGUGUUCGUAUCGGCGGCUACGGAAGAUGUGUUUUUAAAGAUGAACAAAUGAACUGAAACCUGAGAGCCACACACGGACAAAAGAAGCCAGGAAGUAUGGAGAAUUAACACAAUUUUAGUGUUUUCAUGUUGAAAAAUGCACCACGAAAGCAGCUUUAUCCGUUAUGAAACCCCAUGAAGUUUUGACAUGUCAUCUUUGAGUGGAUGAAGCCACCGUUAAUGUGCAGAUGUUACACUAGAUGUGACAUCUGCACAUUAACGGUGGCUUCAUCAUGACCUUUUUGUUUGUGUGAGAGUUUUGGAUGAUUAUGACCAAAUGUGUAGAAAACUUUUAAUCAAUCAUCUAAAACUUUGUGAUUUUUAAUGGUACUGUUGGUACCGAUGGGAAACUAGUUUAUCCCUACCUGGACUAUCCACCUGUUCACAUACUUGAAUUUGAAGCAGAUCUCCUGAGGUUAACGACAGGUCCAUAUUUCAGAAGGGAGUGUCCUCAUCCCCCUGCCAUAAACUCACAUUUACCUUCAGUUACAGCAGACUGACAUAUUAUAGAUAUACGGUUCUUCAACAGGCUGGUUUAAUUCAUUCUGACUCCAAUUUGACUGAAACUUUCAUAUAUUUACCUUUUGACACAAACAUUUGAAUAAAAACGGAAGGUUGUGUAUUUUCUAGCGCAGGGGUUUUCAUAAACGGUACUGUACUCAGCCACAGCACCUUUGUUUGUUUUAUAAAAACAGAUACUUAUAUUACAUUUCUGGAAAACUAUUUUUUUCCUUUUAGUUGCAGUGGAUGUUUAUAUGUUUGUAUAUAUUAUGUUUUUAUGACUGGUGAGAUUGAAUAAAUGAUUUUUAAGACAAAA